ACGCGUUUUUGAACGGUUCAACGCUGGUGCGCUUAACGAAAAACACGGAUAAAAAAAUUGUGCGAAGAAUUAAUAAAAAGAAUUAAUGGAAAUUAAUAAAUAAAAUAUAUCUACUAAGUACAAUAACAAUUCGAAUGGCGUAACCAAAAGCUUUAAAAAAAAUCAAACAUAAUUAAAAAAAUAUAAAUUGAAUUACCUAAAACAGCAGGGAGAGAGCAAAUAAUAACAACUUAAACAACAAAGAACUGAACUGCAAGCACGAAAAAAAUAACAGUGUAUAGUGUACAAAACGACGCACAGGCGCGCACACACACACACACCAUGGGCAUACCAAAGUUUUGUGGCCACGGCGGCCAGCCGAUGUCGCUGCUAUUGUUGUUGCUGCUGACGUUAGCUGCACUGCUCACCGUUGGACAGUCACAAGAUACAUCGGGGUACUAUUUCGGCGCACCCAACACACAGACACGCUUUGUGCCAUCCGCUGCGUUCCAAACGAACCGGCAGCCCGCGCAGGCGGCCUAUUUGACAGCGUCACGCGGCGGCGGCGGCGGUGGCUCGGCGUUAACGACGGCCAAUGGUGCUUACACCCAACCGGGCUCAUAUCAGGAGCAGCUGUUGUUCAUCAGCAAUGACGGCAAGCAGCAGCAACAGCAGCAACAACAGGCACAAACGCAGUCCUCAGCGGUGGCGUAUUCACCGUUUGGUGCGCAAAUUUCGCAAACUCGCAAUCCCGACUACUACGACAUAUCACCACGUCCCUUUGGCGCACCCAGUUCGACGGGUCUGAGUACUGCCGCCAGCGGCUUCACACGCUCCAAAGCGAUACGUCCGAUUAGUGGCGGUUUUGUGCCAUCGCAACAAUCACCGGUACGCACCAACGUGCCGCAUCAGCAGACACAAUUUCUGGCGCAUUUCAAUGAACCGAGCUCUUCCUCCGCCAAUCGCCCAUCGGCAAACAGUUUAACUGGUUCUUUCCAGCGUCCCUUCGGUAGUAGUGGUUUUGUACCCAGUUCAGUACGCACACGCCCUAGUGCUGCGAAUUACAAUAGCGAUUCUUCUUCAAGCAAUUCAAACCAGUCGCCACUGUCGCAGACGCCAUUCAAAAAUACACGAAAUCGGUUCCAGCCAAGCAGUGCUAACACACCAGCUGCCUCACCCACCACCGAGCCAACAGCGUCGAGCACGAAACGUUAUAAUCGCUUCGGCGCAAAUCGCGCACAAAACGCUUUAAAGGCACAACAGCCAGCUACGCCGUAUAAUACGCCCGAAGCGUCUUCGCAACGUCCCACAUUCGGACGUGUCACAGGCAAUAAGUCGAGUAGUUUUCAGCCGAGGCGUCCGGUUUUCAUAAGUCGCGAGAUCAACGAACCCGUGAGUGUGGGCAAAGUACAGCGACCGUUCGCUGCUGGGCGUGUUAAAUUGCCUAUUAAGGAGAGUCUCUUCAAGCAAUCCACAACAGCUGCUGUGAAACCAACACCAGCUAUAACGACGACCACCAGCGAGAGUGAGGAAUAUUACGAAGAUGAGAGUGUUAAUCCUGUGGAGGAGAGUGCGCCGAAAGAGACAAGUCUGGAAAAAUUGGAGUUGCACGAAGCGGAGGAAACCACGGUCGCACCAGCUGAUGAAACCACAUCCUCCGCUGAGUAUGAGGAGACAACAGCAAUGCCAUCAGAACAGCCAGAAGACAAGUCAAGUUCAACCGUCGAGCAAGCGAGCGCUGAAAAGGCAAACGAUGGCUCAAGCCACGAUGGGCUCGAUGCCACAACAAGUCGCAGCUCAGAAUAUGAGUAUGAAUAUACGGAAGAAGAGGAGUCCACCGAGGCCACAGUAAAGGAAACCAAACCGAAUAGCACAACUGGCAACACAGUGACUGAUGCGGCUAUAAAUUCAAGCUCUAACAAAGCUGAAGAAUCAACUACCGAGCAAACGCAAACAAGCGCGAGUGACGAAGAAGUCGUAGAGUCGACUGCCGACACGCUCACACUAGCACCACACGAUACCACAACUGCUAUGCCCGCAAAUCAUAAGGUGACGGAGGAACAUAAAACGGAAGACAACGAAGAUAUCAACUAUGAGGGUAGCGCCGAAUACGAUGAAGACGAAUACGAAGAAGAGGAGGAGGAGGACGAAGAAUUCGAAGAGACGGAGGAUGCAAGCCAAGAACCCUCAAGCGAUACACAACAGAGCAGCUCACCGCAGAGUGAUAAGGAGACUAUUGAUCGCGAAGUCAUCUCUGUGGUUACCACAAAGAGCGUAGUGAAUGGUUCAACUGCAUUUCCAACGUCAGUUACAGAGCGCCCAACGACACUCUCCAGUGAAGAAGAAACCAUAUUCACUGAAAACAAAGUGCCGCCUGCCAAGAUUGAUGAAGAGAAAGCAACUGAGACCGAGGUGUUGGAAAAAGCUGCUGACAACUCUACAGCCAAUGAUGACGCCAUGAGUAAUACAACCGAGAGCUAUGUGGUAAUCGCUUCCAUACAAACGAGUCGUAGUAUAAACGGCGCACGCUUUUUGCCCUUCCCCGCCAUCGAACAAGAAGAGACCAAGCAAACGCUAUCCGAGUUGGAACGCAAGAUACACGCGCAGAAAGAAUCGACGAAGAAAAAUGCUAAAGACAGCGACGCAGAUGAACAUUUAGAGAGUAGUGAAGAGGUGAAGGCGCCUAUGACGGCGAAAUCCAGCACAAGUGUCGCAAUCUCCUCUACUGAAAGCAUUAUUGAUAAAUUGGAUCGCGUGCAGUCAGAGCUCUCUAGUGGGCUACUUUCCGGAAAGUAUCCAAUCAUUACGGAAAUGGACGUCUCCACGAAGGCGACGACAACUACCUCAGGUUCGAGACUUGUACCAAACAUACGUAAAUUCCAACCAAAGACCACGGCCGCCUCCAAGGUGAAAGUUCAUCACUUCGACGAGAGUGAAAUGGAUGAGUUAGCUGGUCUGUUGCCAGCUGGUUUCAAACCACGUCCGUCUUAUAAGAAUCGUAAGAUUACAACAACCACUACUACGACACCCGCGCCGCCAGUAGCAGUGCCUGAGGUGAAGAAACCAAUGCGUAACUCUACAAUUAGCCGCUCUUUUAAGAAUAACGCAGUCGCUGUGCAGGAUGUGAGCCUCGCUGGCCUCUUACCUAAAGGUUACAAGCCACCUUCCACUACGGAGGCCACUACCAAGGCAGAUAUCACAGAUCUCUUUAGUAAAAUUAAAUUCGACGAUAAUCUGGACAAGCUACUGCCGAGGGACUACAAAGAAAAGGCUACAACGACCGCCAAACCGGAGGUGACGCUGGUAGACGACAUCUCUAAAUUCCUGCCGCCGGGUUAUAAAUUACGCACAACCACCACGAAAAAGCCUGACACCGUCGUGCAAGACGAUAUCAGCAAACUACUGCCGCCCGGUUACAAACCACCCUCAAAAUCGGCCGAUGAAUCCGAUAAAUUGGCUGGUGGUAUUAUACCACUGAAGGCCGACGAUAUUUCCAAAUUCUUGCCACCUGGCUUUAAGCUCGAUGAGUCAAGUAAGAAGGACACACUGCCAGCGCCAGAGAGUAUUGAUAUCUCCCAGCUCUUGCCGAAAGACAACAAACCCACGGCAGCUAUAGAAAAACCGGCGCAAAAGAUCGAAGUAAAAACCGUUGAGAAUGCCAUGACAAUGCACACAAUUUCUUCAACGACAGAAGCCAGCACCGCGGACGAUGACAGCUCUAGCACCACAGCCGCUUCAGGCUACAAAGUGGUCUUCCCGAAGGGCAUACACAAGCGCCUUGGCGCACAACGUUUGACGACGCCACGCACCACCGGCGACAGCGUAACCGAGGUGGGUAACUCACCGGCUGUGAUCAUCAAGAAGGGGCCCCCUACGCGUGCAACUACCGAGUUCACCGGCUGGCCCACACCUUCCACCACUCCCAUCUCAAUCGAAAAGCUUUUGGAGCAGAGCAGAACAGUGAGCAUCAACUUUGAGGAUCUACUUUCGUCGAGCAGCACAAGUACUACAACGACAACAACCACAACCACGACGACCACCACCCCACGCCCCACAAAACCCGGUCACUGUACCGCGGACUGCGAUCUGGCGGCAACAAUAAAGAUUGUAGACGGCGUCGCAUGGAAGCCGGAACUGUUAGAUCACAAUACGGUCGAGUGGAAGAAUCUAGCGCACGAGCUGGAGGCGGAGCUGAACGAAGUCUACUCCAAGGCACCACAGCUGUCGCGUUGGUACAAAAAGGUGCGCAUUGACAGCUUCAGCAAAGGCAGUGUUUUGGUCGAUUACUACGUCGAACUAGCAAACAUUACCGAUGACGUAAAUACUUUGGAGAUCCGCAAACUUUUCCAUGAUGCUUUAACACAUCCACCACCCGAGAUGAUUUUGCCUCACAAACCGGAGACGGAGAAUGAGACUGACAACGAGGAUGAUGAGGCAGAACGCAACAGCAACGGCCAAUAUCGUGAAGGCAAGGAAGAGAAGCUAAUCAAAGAGACAUUCCUGAUGGGCAAAUACGUUAUCGAUCCCGCGGCAACGGACUUUAGUGUUAUACCCAAAUCACUCUCCCCAAUGGUUGAGUUCGCCGAAGAAGAUCUACUCAUACCUCAAUGGGCAAUUGUAAUAAUAGUGAUUGGCGUCGGUUCAUUGAUCUUCGUUGUCAUAUUCGGUGUAACUGUGCUACUCAAUCGUCAAAAACGUUCAAAGAAAGCACCCUUACCACUGUCGAACGAUAUGUUGAACGAACUGAAAAUCAAUCAUAUGGGCGGUGCGGAUAAUUAUGGCGUCGAUGAUUUUUACAAUAUAGACGACGCUUGGAAUGAUACUAAACAACCGAUUAAACCGAAGCGUUUUACCAACUCCCUCCACGGCAGCAACGGCUCCAACAUUUACGACAGUUGGCGUUCCACACGUCACGCCGGUGAUUAUUUCUACGACUCACAGACUAAUUACUCACAAAAGGGUGAUUCAUUACAACGUAAUGCACAUAGCCAACAUCCACAUCAGCAGCAGCAUCAUCAUCAUCACCAUCACCAACAACAGCAACAACCACACAGGGAACAUCUUAGAGAGCAACAACAACAACAGCAUACAUUGUCACAACAUCAGCAUCCAUAUCAUCAAUAUUCGGAUGCUUUUGCGGAUGCGCAUCCAAUGUAUACCUACAACAACAAUAGCAGUGGUAAUAGUAAUCAUGCGAGUCGAGCGUCUCGCUAUCAACGAGACUAUGAUCCAGACUUUUGAGUGAUAUUCUCGUAAGAAGCAGCGGUACGUAGGCGAAAGGUGGCUGACAAAGAGUGGAAAAAACAAUACAAAAUGAGAAAAAGGUGUGGGCGAGAAUUAUUAAAAAAAAAAAGAGUGGAGAAGAAUUGAAGAGUAGGGAAAAG